AUGGCGGCUCUGCGGCUCUUGGCGUCGGUGCUCGGGCGCCGGGUCCCCGCCGGCCGCUCGGGGCGCGCGCUGGCUAAGGGUGGCGCGUGCGGCUUCGCCUGCAGCGCCCGCGCGCGCGCCAGGUUCUACACGGACCCGGUGAAGGCCGUGGGAGACAUCACUGACGGCUCGAGGAUCAUGAUCGGAGGCUUCGGGCUUUGCGGGAUCCCGGAGAACCUGAUAGGGGCGCUGCUGAAGACCCGCGUGAAGGACUUGACCGUGGUCAGCAGCAACGUUGGGGUGGAGAACUUCGGUCUCGGCCUUUUACUGGGGACCAAGCAGAUCACCCGCAUCAUCUGCUCCUACCUGGGGGAGAACUCGCUCUGUGAGCACCAGUACCUGGCAGGCGAGCUGGAGCUGGAGAUCACGCCCCAGGGCACCCUGGCCGAGCGCAUCCGCGCGGGGGGCGCCGGUGUGCCCGCCUUCUACACCCCCACGGCCUACGGGACCCUGGUCCAGGAGGGAGGCGCACCCAUCAGGUACUUACCGGACGGCCACAUCGCCAUCCUCAGCCAGCCCAGGGAGGUGAGGGAGUUUCAUGGGCAGCACUACCUGCUGGAGCAUGCCAUCACCGCCGAUUUUGCUUUGGUGAAAGGCUGGAAGGCCGACUGGGCCGGAAAUGUCAUCUUCAGGGCCAGCGCCAGGAACUUCAACGUGCCCAUGUGCAAAGCUGCCAGAACCUCCGUGGUGGAGGUUGAAGAAAUUGUGGAUGUGGGGUCCUUUGCCCCAGAAGACAUCCAUGUUCCUAACAUUUAUGUAGAUCGCAUUAUACAGGGGGAAAAAUAUGAGAAAAGAAUUGAGCGCUUAACCAUCCGGAAAGAGGAUGAUGAAAUAUGCAAGUCUUCAGAUAACAUUAGGACACGGAUCAUCAAGCGGGCAGCUCUUGAAUUUGAGGACGGCAUGUACGCCAAUCUGGGCAUUGGCAUCCCUCUCCUGGCCCCCAACUACAUCAGCCCCAACAUCACCGUGCACCUUCACAGUGAGAACGGGAUCUUGGGCUUGGGUCCCUUUCCAUUAAAAGAGGAGGUGGACGCAGACCUCAUCAACGCGGGCAAGCAGACAGUCACCCUUCUUCCCGGGGGCUGUUUUUUCUCCAGCGAUGAGUCAUUUGCCAUGAUUCGGGGGGGACACAUCAACCUGACCUUGCUGGGAGCCAUGCAGGUUUCCAAAUACGGUGACCUGGCUAACUGGAUGAUACCCGGCAGGAAGGUGAAAGGCAUGGGGGGUGCUAUGGAUCUGGUGUCCAGUUCCAAGACGCGCGUGGUGGUCACCAUGGAGCACUGCAACAAGGCCAACGAACCCAAGAUCGUGGAGAAGUGCACCAUGCCGCUGACUGGGAAGCGGUGCGUGGACCGAAUCAUCACCGAGAAGGCCGUGUUUGACGUGCACAAGAAGACAGGACUGACCCUGAUUGAGCUCUGGGAAGGCCUAACCGUGGAGGACGUCAAAAAGAGCACGGGGAGCCCCUUUGCCAUCUCCCCGAAUCUCAGACCUAUGCAGCAGGUCAAAAUGUAGCCCGAGAGUGAACCUCAGUCCCAGAGUGUGUGCUUCUGCCUUCACCUCCCAGGACUGCAUUCCAAGGAAGCCACAGUCACAGUUGUACA